ACUUCCACAAAACAGAUGCUUUGGCCGAUUUUGUAACCAAACUGAAUUUAACAAUAAUAAAAUUUAGUCUGUCAGUGAAUAACAAGAAAUACUAAAAAAAUGAUGCGAUACGAGGGGAAUGAAAAGCUGGCGGAUGAAACAUCUUGCGCUGGGGUUCGUGCAGAUCUGAAAAUGUGUCUGCUAGAGAGCGAGUGCUGCCGCUUAGAUAAAAAGACACCACGACAGUGCCUGCAGGACAAUAGCGUACCACCCGAGUGUCAGGUACUGCGCAACACCUUCUACGAGUGCAAGCGCUCGCUGCUUGAUAAUAGACAACGUUUUCGUGGCCACAAGGGAUACUGAGGGAACCUUGAACUUAUAUUUAUUGUUACUUAGCUUUUAUUGAAUACAAAAAGAAACUAGACACAAAUUGAGCAUAUUAA